UCGGAGUCAUUCACUCAAAUCACAGAGAAUUUUCGUGUGAAUUUUCGUUUUGUCGUAUCAUAAUCUUUGCUCGUUUGGUUUAUUGUGGUAUUAUAAACCGAGGAAGAGAUAGAUAUUGCUGUGGUGCAUUUAGAAAUAUGAAGUGAAGACAAAAAAGGAUAAUUGUGUUAAUAAGUAUUUUAUAUCUGCAUCAAGAAUUAAUUCAUUCCUAUAACACAGUUUUUCACAAUUUUGGGGUCCAAUCCAAGCACUUGCUGAUGUGAUAUUCCUGAAAUGUCAUCUUAUAUGGCAGGUGUUUUCGAUAUAGAUUUAGAUGUUACAGAUAAUAUUACAGUUGGAGAUUCAGAUGAAGACGAUAUAAUUGAAGUCGAUGAGGUGGAUUAUGACCCAGAAUUAAAUGUCAACAGUAUUGCUGAGUUGGAGGGAUCUGAAACGAUCCAAUUAUCAGAAGACACUGUAAACCCUGGACAAUGUAAACGUUUAGGCCCUCAAGAUUUUGAGCUGCGCAAAGUUUUAGGAAAAGGAGGAUAUGGCAAAGUAUUUCAAGUUCGUAAAAUAACUGGUACAGAUGCAGGAUCUCACUUUGCUAUGAAAGUUCUCAAAAAAGCUUCCAUUGUUCGUAAUCAGAAAGAUACAGCACACACAAAAGCAGAACGAAAUAUUUUGGAAGCUGUCAAACACCCAUUCAUUGUGGAAUUGGUGUAUGCUUUUCAAACUGGUGGUAAAUUAUAUUUAAUACUAGAAUAUUUAAGUGGUGGAGAAUUAUUUAUGCACCUUGAAAGAGAAGGCAUAUUUCUUGAAGAUACUGCGUGUUUUUACUUAUCAGAAAUAAUUUUGGCAUUGGAGCACUUGCACAGUUUAGGAAUAAUUUAUCGUGAUUUGAAACCAGAAAAUGUUCUGCUUGAUGCACAAGGUCAUGUCAAACUUACCGAUUUUGGUCUUUGUAAGGAACACAUUCAGGAAGGAAUCGUGACACACACUUUCUGUGGCACAAUUGAAUAUAUGGCCCCUGAAAUUCUAACAAGAAGUGGUCACGGAAAAGCUGUAGAUUGGUGGAGUUUGGGAGCUUUGAUGUACGAUAUGCUUAUUGGCCAACCUCCAUUUACGGGAGACAACCGGACAAAGACAAUAGAAAAGAUUUUGAAAGGUAAACUAAUGCUGCCAGCCUACCUCACACAAGAUGCCCGCGAUUUGAUAAGACGUUUAAUGAAACGCUCAGAGACGCAGCGUUUAGGAGCUGCCGGCGCGGCCGCUGUUAGAGGCCAUCCGUUCUUCAAACAUGUCCACUGGGAUGAUGUGUUUGCCCGUAGACUGGAGCCACCAAUUAAACCUAGACUGACCAGUGAAGAUGAUGUCUCACAGUUUGAUACCAGAUUUACCUUACAAACACCUAUUGAUUCUCCAGAUGAGUCUACUCUUAGUGAAAGUGCCAAUUUAAUGUUCCAGGGUUUCACGUACGUGGCGCCGUCGGUGAUGGACGAGAUCCACAAGCCGCGCGUGGUGACUGCACGCUCGCCGCGCCGCCCGCGCCCGCACCACCUGGGCGCCUUCGCCGUGCCGCACUCCUCCGCGCACCAGCACCCGCACCCGCACUCGCAGGAGGACCUCAUGGAUGUACAAGGUCUGCCUAUAUAGUUACUACUGUACUGUGUUUAGAAUAAUUAUAAGUUUACUGGCUCGGUCAUGUGCUUUCAAAUGGUAGAGCGAUUAGCAAUAAAUUGUUAUUAUACAUUCAUUUUUAAGCGAUCAGCUAUUCAUUUAUAUUGUUAUAUGAAUUGACCUGACAAUAUUUUUUGAUUGAAAAAAUGUGAUCAGGUUUAUUGAACUUGUAUUUUAUAAGUGAUGAUGCUACAGAAUAUGAAAUGGAUGAUAAAUGAAAAUUAAAUAACAGAGUCUGGUUGUAGAUAGGAUAAGUAAGAGAAUAGUAAAAUGGUUGAUGUAAAGUGGUUACAUAUAAUAAAAAAAUAUGUUGUCAUAACAUUCAAAAAACUUGUGUGACUGUAAUGGCUAUAUAUAUUUGCACACGCCAGAGAUAAAUCAUGUUAUUACACAACAUUGCUCCU